UGGGGUAAGGUUAUCUCGUUGGUAAGGCAGGAAAGUUACUGGGUACGUCAGUUUGUGUGGCGUACAGUUGGAGGCGUAGUUAGCGACGGAACUGAUUACCUGCUUUAUAAAAGCGAGCCGCGUCUUGUGCCGGCAUUAGUCCUUCAUCAGGCUCCUAACCCUCUUCCACCACCACCACAACCACCACCAUGUCCGCCAUUCGCCUCAUUCGUGUGCUCUUCUAUGGCGCCGCCACACAAAGGGGCGCCACCAAAACCCAGGUGCGGAGAGUGUGGAGCGGCUGUUCCUCGCGUUCCUCCCUUUGUGGUCAGGAGGGCGCGCAGCGGGGCCUCAGCCUCACCGCCGCCGCCAGUCAAUUCGAGCUCUCACUGACGAAGCCUCCAGUCAGCGGCGUGGUGUCCUCAAAACUGUGGAACGAUAUGCUGGAGGUGAAGUUUGGGGAUGGGACGGAGGGUCGGCUGCCCUUCGUGUGGCUGCGGGACAACUGCCAGUGUUCUCAGUGCUUCAGCGUCGAGGGCCUGGGCAGGAAGUUUCUCAUUGACGACCUUGAUGUUGAAGUUCAGCCAACAAAAGUCGAGGAAAGCAUGCAAGGGCUGACAGUAAAAUGGAGUGAUGGCCACCAAAGUGAAUAUUCCACCAACUGGCUCCAGAAUCGCGCCUUCACGCCCUCCUCCCGUGCCUUGCACAGAGAGAAAUACGCACUUCGGAAGGAACAGUGGGGCGCCGAACACCGCAUCAAAGACUUCGACUACAACACGCUGAUGUCUAAUGAGCGAGUGCUGCUGGACUGGCUGCUGACCAUGGAGCGCAAGGGGUCAGCCAUGGUGAGAAACGUUCCCCAGAAAGAUGUGGCGGGACAGGAGCUCAUCGAGCACAUCGCCUUCGUCAAGCAGUGUCACUACGGGCCACACUCGCCCGUCAUCAACCGACCCAACAGCAACAACGUGGCCUUCACCAACGCCAAGCUGGGCUUACACAAUGAUCUGCCAGCAUACGAACACAUGCCCGGGAUCAUCUUCAUCCAGUGCUUGGCACAGCACCCCGGCGCCGGCGGGGAGAGCAUCGUCACUGACGGACUGUUCGCCGCCGAGGAGCUGCGCAGGAAACACCCGGAGGACUUCAAGAUCCUCUCCUCCACCGACAUGUACUUCUGGGACAAGGGCCACGCCAACUACAGCUGGGAGAUGCCAGAGUUCUACAAGAUUGCAAAGUUCCCAGUCAUCAAGGUCAACGGCAACAACGAGGUGGUGCAGAUUGCUGUCAGCAACACCACCCGCGACUCCCACAUGGACCUUCCCCCACAGGAGGUCAAGAAGUACUACGCUGCCUACAAGCGCUUCUACAUCAUCCUUUCCGCCAACGCCAUGACUUUCAAGAUGGAGCAGGGAGACAUGAUGACCCUGGACAACGUGCGGUGCCUGCACGGGCGUGAGAGCUACGACGCUGACAGUCAGCGCCACAUCGAGACCUCCUAUCUAGACUGGGACGAGGCUCGCUGCCGCCGACGUCGCCUUCAGGAAAAGUUUGGUUGCUUCAUAUAGAUCUCGUGGACCAAUAGAUGUCGCCUUCUACCAAGGUGGCUUACGAUUCUAUAUUUCUAAAUGCACCAUUUCUAUAUAUUUCUAAAUGCACCGAUUCUAUAUAUCGAAAUAUGUUCCAGAGUACUAGAAGAAUGCAAGGAUGUUAUUAGCGUACUGCUAAUUAAUAUCUUCAAGAAAUCGCUAUAUUCAGGAGAGAUACCAGCAAUGGGGAGGCAAGCAAAUGUACUGCCCAUCUUUAAGAAAGGAGAUAAAACGUUAAUGAUGAACUACAGACCUAUCACCUUUUCUUCAAUUGCAGAUAAAUUAAUAACUGAGCAUUAGGGAUCAUUUAGACAAGCAUAACUUAAUAAAUCAGUCACAGCAUGGCUUCACGGCAGGGUUGGAAGAAAAAACCCUAGUUUUUUUUUUUUUUUUUUUAGUGGGUUUUAUUAGAUUUUUUCUUUUUGGGUUUUAUUUUCUUUUUUUUUUUUGGGGGGGGAAGGGUAAUUUUUCUUUAUCCUUCAUAUUUAUAAAUAAGGAUUUUUAAACCCAAUCCACUAGGUUUUAUUGGGUUUUAUUGUGUUUUUGGGGGUUUUACUGUUUUUUUUUAGGUUCUUUUAUCUUUUUAUUUUUUUAUUCUUCCUUUAUUCUUCAUAUUUAUAUACGAAUAAUUUUAAGUAAGCAAUUAAAAAGUAACCUAGAGUGAAAUAAAAGAUUUCAAGUUUUA